AAAAAAACAUAAACGUGUACAUAAAGAUAGUUGUUGUUGUUGCUUCAUCGACCUUUGGCGAACUUAUCGUCGUAACAGCAAUAAAAGCAACAACAGCUAAAAAUAAUUAAACAGCGCAUGUUUUACUUACUCUGCGGUGUGUAAGUGUGUGUGUGUGCAAGUGUAUGUGCCUGUGUGUGUGUGGUCUUUGCAUCGGUUCAAGCUGAAAGCCCAGCACAUUAAUUGCCACAGCGGCGUCUAAUUGUCAACAGUUGAACAACUUGUUGUCGUCGUUGCCGCCGCCGUCGUCGUUGUGUUUUUGUUCGACAUAUUAAAGUGUUUGGGCUGCAAAAGCAUUUUCGAAGCGCUUCGAAUUUUUUUUUGUUUUUUUUUCCGCUCGCAUUUUUGCAUUUCGCGUGUGAGUUUCAGUUUCGCAUUGCCCAUUGUCCGUUUCCUGCCGCCUUCGCCGCCAGACGGCUAGACACACACACACACACACGCAUACGCAGAGGCCUGAGCUUCGAAUGACGUCGACUUUGACAGACGACACUUGCUUAUCCGUUCGGUCGUCGCUCCUUUUAACAGCUCUCCAUCUCGCUCGCACGCGUGCUUUCGCCGUCGCGCUGUCUCCGUCUUUGUCUCGACUUUCGCGUGUGCAAUAUUAUCGCAAUAACAACAACACAUAAAUCUGCUUAUUUUGCAUAAGUGCAGCAACGGCAAGAGAACAACAACAACCUCAUCUACAACACAAACAACAACGUAGACAAGGCGUCAGCAACAGCAUCCCCCAUGAACACGAGGUGAACUCUGUGUGUGUGUGUGUGGGCGUGUGCGAGUCUGUGUGGAGUUCCCCCAAAUAAAAUAGUGUGGCAGUGUAAUAAGCGCUCAACAAAAUGCUGCAGCACACGAUGACGAAGCGUAAAACGCUAAUCAUGGCCUGCUUUGGCAUUGUGCUGGGCCUCUGCAUUGGCACCGUCCUCAAGAACUACAGUGCUCUGGAGAUUGUGAAGCGCUGCAACAUGCGGCCAUCGAAUCUGAAGACACCCAACGAAAUCAUUGGCCUCAACGACGACGACACCAUACAGAACUCACAGCGCAAUUUGGUCUUUGUGGGCGUGAUGACCGCCAAGAAUUUCAUCGAGGGACGCGCUCGAGCUGUCUACGAUACGUGGGGCAAAGAGGUGCCCGGCCGAAUUGCGUUCUUCAGCUCGGAGGGCAGCUACUCGGAUGAGCUGCCGGUGGUGGGUCUGAAGAAUGUCGACGAUCGUUAUCCGCCGCAAAAGAAAUCGUUUAUGAUGCUCUACUAUAUGUAUGAGCAUUAUAUUGAUCGCUUCGAGUGGUUCAUACGUGCCGAUGAUGAUGUCUACAUGGAGCCCGAUAAAUUGGAGCGUUUCCUCCGCUCCAUUGACAGCUCAAAGCCGCAGUUUAUCGGGCAGGCUGGUAAAGGUAAUAGCGAGGAGUUCGGUCUGCUCUCGCUGGAGUUCGAUGAGAACUUUUGCAUGGGCGGACCGGGUGUCAUACUGAGCAGCGAGACGCUGCGUCGUGUGGCGCCGCAUAUACCGACGUGCCUCAAGAAUCUAUAUAGCACUCAUGAGGAUGUCGAGGUUGGACGUUGUGUGCAGAAGUUUGCCGGCAUUCCCUGCACCUGGAACUACGAGAUGCAAUACAUUUUGCGACACAAUUCGAGCGGUCGCAAUGCUUACACGGGCAAGUUGAAGCGCAAGGAGAUCCACAAUGCCAUCACACUGCAUCCCAUUAAGCAGGCGCCGCUCAUGUAUCGCCUGCACUCGUAUAUUCAAGGUCUGAAAGCCGAAGAGCUGCGUCAGGAGUCGCUGCUGCUCCAUCGCGACAUCAAGCGUAUGGCCAAGUAUCUCGAUGUGCCCGACGAGAGCACCUACAUGCUGCCCAGCAUCUCGCCAGCAGCGGUGCCGGAGGCCGACAAUGGCAAAAGGCACUUUGAGGAUCACAAUAUCUUGGGCAUCAGUCCGGAGCUCAACAAAUUUGUGCCAGACAGCACAGCAGAUCUGCUGGACUGGUCCUUCAUAGCACGCAGUCUCUACUCGGCAGGCUCAGCGAAUCCCAAGCAGAAAAUCGAAUCGGCAAUGCGCGAAGGUCUCGAGGAUGUCAUCACCGAGGUGAUGGAAAAUAUCAAUUAUUAUUCACGGCAACGAGGACGUGUUAUCGAAUUCCGUGAGCUUCUCUAUGGCUACCAUCGAUUGGAUGCGUUGCAUGGCCAGGAUCUAAUUCUUGAUCUGUUGCUGAUCUAUAAGAAAUAUCGGGGCAAGAAGAUGACCGUUCCGGUGCGUCGUCAUCUCUACGUGCAACGCGCAUUCACGGGCAUCUUUGUCAAGGAGCAGGACGAGGAUUUCUACAAUGUGACGCUGCAACAAAGUCUCCUGGGCAGCCUGUGGCAGAAUGGCGUGGCCCGCUUGAGCAGCCACUUUACCAUGGCCAGCAACCUGUUGUCGCCGUUGCCGGAUAAGAUUGUCUUUGUGCUGCCAAUCGCCGGCCGUCUGGCGACAUUUGAUCGCUUCCUGCAGACGUAUGAGCGCGUUUGCAUCGAUGCCUCGCAGCAUUGUGAUCUGCUUGUGGUGAUCUUUGGCCAGCCACAGGAGUUGACUGCCCAUCUGCAGCUGCUGGCCGAUCUGCGAUCGCGACACAUUUACAACCAGAUCAAUUACAUACAGCGCAGCGAACAAUUCUCGCGUGGCGUUGCCCUAGACAUUGCGGCCCGCUCCUCCUACAUACAGCAGCAGGACAUUAUACUGUUCAUCGACGUGGACAUGGUGUUCAAUGUGGUCACGUUGCAACGUGUUCGCCUGCAUACGCAGCGUGGCCGACAGGUGUAUCUGCCCAUUGUGUUCAGCCAGUAUGAUGGCAAACGUCGCAAUGUGGAGCGAAGUGAGAGCAGCGAAACGACGCCACCCAUUGAUGAUGAGAGCGGUUACUUUAGACAGUUUGGCUUUGGCAUUUGUGCCAUUUACAAGUCCGACAUACUCGACGAGGACAUCAAUGGCUUCGACAAGGACAUCACCGGUUGGGGUCUCGAGGAUGUCAAGUUUCUCGAGAAGAUUGUGCGCGUGGGAACGCGGCAACGUGGCUUCCUCGUCAACACAGCCGAGGUGCCGCUCGAUUAUAACGAGGCUGCCGAACAGUGGCGACGAUUGACUGUCUUCCGUGCCCCCGAUCCGACGCUAGUGCACAUCUAUCACGACAUCAGCUGUGACGUGCAAUUGGAUGCGCCGCAAUAUAACAUGUGCCUGGGCACCAAAGCCAACUCGUUGGGCAGCACGCGGCUGAUGGAGCAGCUGUUCUUUAACAAUCCGCAGAACGUUGAAUUCAUUACCGACUUCAAUCGCCAGCGUAAGCAAACCAGAUGAGAUCGCGUCCUCCGCAUCCUCCUCCUCCAAAUACUGGCAAUGUUCCACUAUAUAGUAUUAUGUUAAAUGUUUCCUAUUAGUGUGCAUGUUAUUGUAUGUGUGUGUGUGUGUGCGUGUGAGUGCGUGAAUCUAUUGCCAGCAAAGAAAAAAGAAAAACGAUAAAGAAAAUGCCAAAUAAAUGUAAAGUAAAUGCUAAGCUAUAGAACUAUGUAUAUAUGAUACUUACUAGCUGGUGUGAGUUAACCGGCAUUGUCCGUAUUUUCGUAGUCAUCAAAUUGUUGUACAUUAUCCACAUUUAUCAGAAGAGAAGCUUACAAAUUUAGGUCUCAAAUGCUACUCGAUAAGUAUAGAAUCUUAAGCAUAAAAUAAAGCUCAUCUUAAUUAAUCGUUCUAUCAAUGAA